CGCACGCACACACACACACACUAUUCGCAAUCUGUCGUUUACAUAGUUUUGAAGACGGCAGUUCAGCAGCGAAAAAAAAGGGCUGACUGGAUUCUCUGAGACACACUUCAGAGGGAAACAGUUUAACCUGCGCUCGAGACGCAGAGAGGCGCGCGACCGUCAGUAGCUCUCUUCUAGUGUGCGUCACAUCUUUGCGUCUCCUGUCAGCCGCAGUUACGCUGAAGCCAUAAACGCCACAUUACUGAAAUAAAGGACACGAGUCUCAAAAGAGGAUUCAAGAACAAGGAUAAUAUUUAAACCAAAAUGCCAAAAAUGGUUUCAACUGGGGAUUCAAAAGAUGUGUCAAAGACAUCACAGAGCAAUGGACACCACACAUCACAGAUAUUUCAUUGUUUAACGACCCUCGUAUGUUUUAUGUUGUCGGCGUCUUCGGUGGCAGUUUGUCUGUUUAUGAACGUCAAAACUUCUCAUCUUGAGCGUAAAAUUGAACUUCUAGAGAUGGAGCGACUGUCUGUGAUUCAACCUGUGCACGCGACAUUAAAUGUGCACGCGACUUUUCGGGAUGAGAUAGAGAAACUUGUACAAGAGAGACUCGAAGAAGGAGUGUCGAAAAUUCGCACAGCUCGAGAAGCAGCGCAAGAGUGCUCGUGUCCUCCAGGUCCUCCAGGAAAACGUGGAAGAAAAGGCAACCCUGGAAUUCCAGGCCCUCCAGGACGGGAUGGCUACCCGGGUCCAAUGGGUAUGGAUGGACCUCCAGGUCCAAAUGGCAGUCAGGGAAUGCCGGGACCAAAAGGAGAUAAGGGUGACCAGGGAGACAUGGGUCCCAGGGGACCACCGGCCUUCGCUGCCUCUGCAGGCCUGCUCAGUAAUCAGAUUCUCACGGUUAAGAUGGUCUUCCCUCGCUAUGAGCAUGGCUUUCUCUCGACUACAGCUGACCACCACACUUUUCACAGGCACCUUAUAAAGGGUGAUCAAGGUCAGGCUGGGCCCCCAGGUCCCCCAGGAACACCUGGUCCCAGAGGGCCUCCAGGAAACACAGGCAGAGAUGGGCCGCAGGGCCACCCAGGAGAGCCGGGUCCUCCUGGCAAAGAUGGAAAUGAGGGACCAAGAGGGCCACCUGGCAUGCAGGGUAUGAAUGGUGCCAAUGGCAUGCCUGGCCCACAGGGUCCUGUAGGGGAAAAGGGGGAUAAUGGUGCUCCAGGUACUGAAGGGAAGAAAGGGACUGAUGGAUCCCCUGGCAUGAAGGGUGAAAAGGGGGAUAGUGGACAUCCAGGACCCCAGGGAGAAAAAGGAGCCACUGGCUUCAUAGAAAAUGCUGAUCUGGAUGUUAGACUCAAAGCUCUACAGGGGCCUCCAGGACCUCCAGGAGAGCAAGGGCCAAAAGGAGAAAUGGGCUUACAUGGGGCACCAGGACCUGAAGGAAAGCAGGGUCAUAAGGGAGAUAAAGGUGAUGCAGGAGAGCCUGGAGCAGCAGGAGCAAAAGGGGAAAAAGGGGAAAUUGGACUGAUAGGGCCUUCAGGUGAAGCAGGGCAAAAGGGAGAUAAAGGAGACUCUAGGUUUGAGGACAAUAUGGCCCAGAUUAUCUCUUUGCCUGGCCCACCAGGGCCACCUGGACCUCCUGGACCUGCCGGAUAUCAUGGAUUGGCUGGACCCAAGGGAGAGCCUGGUGAAGCAGUUAAAGGAGAAAAGGGCGAUGCUGGAGAGAAAGGUCCACCUGGGCAGCGGGGUCUUCAAGGCUUUCCAGGGUCUAAUGGCUUGAUAGGCCUGCCAGGUGCAAAAGGUGAAAAGGGGAAACAAGGUGAACCAGGUUUAGAUGGUUUCCCAGGACUUCAAGGAGAAAAGGGGGACAGAGGAGACAAGGGGGAAAAGGGUGACAGAGGUUCAAUAGGGAAAAAAGGUCUGAAAGGACAGAAGGGAGAGCAGGGACCUCCAGGACUUGAUCAGCCUUGUCCUGUGGGGCGUGAUGGGCUGCCCAUAGCAGGAUGCUGGCAUAAGGUAUAAUUAUGUAUGUGAUAUGAAGAAACUAUGAGUCCUGCCAUAAUAGUAGGGAUAUUGCAUUAUGACUGCAGUAACUGCUUCCUUUUUGUGUCUUCUAACAGUUUUCUCCUAUUGCUCUCUUGCAGUAAUGACUAACCUGGAGCAUGGAGUUUGUACAUAUUGAUAUAUAUUUUGCAAGUAACAUUGGCUUUUUCUUCCAAUUUUUUAGUCAUUUCUUAUUUAAUAAACUGGGUUUUCAUAUGGGAGCCCCUGAAAACAAUGUCUAUAUCACUGCAUUAACAAAGAGAGGCUCUCCACUGUCACAAUAAUAAGUGUAGAAAAGCAAUGAAAUGGGAAUCAUAGGUGCUGUGACUGUACUUAUAUUGAGAAGAGACAUGAACUUGCUUGUGGAUGCACAGAGAAUGCUGCUGCUGACCUUAAUGAGAGAAAAUAACCCUGAACUUUCUAACAGACUGACCACUGUGUCUGCAAAUAAUUACUUCUUCCCUGGCUAACUUUCAUGGGUGCCAUUUGAAACAACCAACCCGAUCCUUUGUUCACUAAAAGUUUGCUUUAAAAUGAAGAUGCUUCAGCGCAGGGUGGCAAAUCAAAGCACUCAUCUCAGCCCUUAAGGACACUGAAUGGGCUACAUGGAGUUUGUUUCCAGUGAAAGGGCUCACCUUGUACUACAGGAAGGGACACAAUGUGGACGUUGCACUGGAUUUGUACUGGUGUACAUAUGGACAAAUCGGUACUCAGGAAACUCUUUUCACUUGGUCUGUAGGAAACAACUUUUGCUCCAUUUCUCCAUAAAAUACACUUGUGGAGUGGUGGGAAAAACUGGUAACUGGUAUCAUGUACAGUUGUCAUAAGUCUUAUCUGUUUACAAGAUCCCUCAUAAACUAUUACAACUUUGGUCUUUUAGCCUAUUCAUUGUUUUGUGGGAUUGUCCAUCCUCAAUGAGCAUUAUAUGAAGUGUGUGUAAAUAAAAUGUAUUAUUUUUACAUUUAAAGGCUAAUAUGACUUAUUGUAUGAAUAACUGUAUCCAUUGUUUUAUGUUUAGUUGCUUUCCCAUCACUCGGUUAAAAUAAAAAACAUUUUUAACUCUC